AUGGCACCAAAGCGCAAGGCUGAGAAAGCUGCAGAACCGGCGGCGAAGUCGGCAAGAGUCACUCGCUCCGCCACGAGACUCACUCGUUCCGGUGCCAGAGGUUCUUCUGUCGCUAACUUUGUCGAGUUACCUAACACUACUAAGAAAUCACCGGCGAAGGCGAAGACUGCUGAGGUUAAGGGUAAGGGGAAAGGGAAAGUGAAAGAAGAAGGUGAAGGCUCUGGAGCUGUGAAAGAAGAUGCCGUCAAGUCUGUCGUCAUCGUUGAGCAUUGCAAGCAGUGCAACUCGUUUAAGACAAGAGCUAUUCAGGUGAAGGAUGGUCUGGAGGGCAGUGAUCUUGAUGUUGUUGUGAAGCUGAAUCCUGACAAGCCAAGGAGAGGUUGUUUUGAAAUCCGUCUGCAAGAUGGAGACAAAACCUUCAUCAGCCUUUUGGACAUGAAACGUCCAUUUCAGCCCAUGAAAGAUCUUGACAUGGACAAGGUCAUCUCGGACAUCAUUGAGGAGUUAUCUAAUGAUAACUGA